AUGGCUACUGAUUCAGGAGAGCCAGCUAGCACAGAAGAUUCUGAGAAACCUGAUGGAGUUUCACUGGAAGACAGAGCUCCUCAGCUUGCAGCAACUUUGACAGUGGAAACUAGACUGAAAGAAAAAAAUAGUACCUUCUCUGCUUCUGGGGAAACUAUAGAAAGGAAGAGAUUCUUCCGAAAGAGUGUUGAGAUGAUGGAAGAUGAUAAAGUUGCUGCAUCUUCCUCCAAAGAUGAGAGAAUGAAGACCACAACAAAUAUUCCAAGAGUAGAAAAGCUUCCUACAAAUGUGCUAGGAGGUGGACAAGAAGUUAAAUACGAACAGUGUUCAAAGGCAACUUCAGAGUCCUCAAAAGAUUGUCUCAAGGAGAAAAAUGAAAAGGAAAUGGAAGAAGAAGCAGAAAUGAAGGCCGUAGCUACUUCUCCUAGUGGCAGGUUCCUGAAAUUCGACAUAGAGCUGGGAAGAGGAGCAUUUAAAACAGUAUAUAAAGGAUUGGACACUGAAACAUGGGUUGAGGUUGCUUGGUGUGAGCUGCAGGAUCGGAAAUUAACCAAAGCUGAGCAGCAAAGGUUCAAGGAAGAAGCAGAAAUGUUAAAGGGUCUCCAACAUCCCAAUAUAGUUCGAUUUUAUGAUUCCUGGGAGUCUAUAUUAAAAGGAAAGAAAUGUAUUGUAUUGGUGACUGAACUUAUGACAUCAGGAACUUUAAAGACGUACUUAAAACGAUUUAAAGUCAUGAAACCAAAGGUCUUAAGGAGCUGGUGCAGGCAAAUUUUAAAGGGGUUGCAGUUCUUGCACACUAGGACUCCUCCCAUUAUUCACCGGGAUCUGAAGUGUGACAAUAUUUUCAUCACGGGACCCACUGGAUCUGUGAAGAUUGGUGAUCUAGGCCUAGCCACCUUAAUGCGAACAUCAUUUGCUAAGAGUGUCAUUGGGACUCCUGAGUUUAUGGCCCCAGAGAUGUAUGAAGAGCACUACGAUGAAUCUGUAGAUGUCUAUGCUUUUGGAAUGUGUAUGCUGGAAAUGGCUACUUCAGAGUACCCUUACUCUGAGUGCCAGAAUGCAGCUCAAAUAUACCGUAAAGUAACUAGCGGCAUAAAACCAGCCAGUUUCAAUAAAGUCACUGAUCCUGAAGUGAAAGAAAUCAUUGAAGGAUGUAUUCGCCAAAACAAAUCAGAAAGGUUGUCUAUCAGGGACCUACUAAACCACGCAUUUUUUGCUGAGGAUACAGGACUGAGGGUGGAGUUAGCAGAGGAAGAUGACUGCUCAAAUUCAUCCCUGGCUUUAAGACUCUGGGUUGAAGACCCUAAAAAAUUGAAAGGCAAGCACAAAGACAAUGAAGCUAUUGAGUUCAGUUUCAAUUUAGAAACAGAUACAUCUGAGGAAGUAGCAUAUGAAAUGGUCAAGUCAGGAUUCUUUCAUGAAAGUGAUUCCAAAGCUGUUGCUAAGUCCAUUAGAGACCGGGUCACCCUGAUAAAGAAGACGAGGGAGAAGAAGCCAGCUGGCUGUUUGGAAGAACGCAAGGAAUCCCAGUGCAAGUCUGCAGGGAAUGUACUCCCUCAGCCCCAGAAUACAGCUUUGCCCCCUGCUCCUGCUCAGCACACUGGGGCUGAAUGUGAAGAAACUGAAGUUGAUCAACAUGUUCGACAACAGCUUCUACGAAGAAAACCACAGCAGCACUGCUCCUCUGUUACAGGUGACAAUUUGUCCGAGGCAGGAGUUGGAUCUGCUAUACACUCAGAUACUUCAAGUCAGCCCAGUAUAGCCUAUUCCUCAGACCAGAUGAUGGGCUCUCAAGUGGUUUCCAACAUCCCACAGGCUGAAAUAAAUGUUCCAGGGAUGAUUUAUCCAUCCCAGCAGCUAGUAGGACAUUACCAGCAGAUUUCAGGGUUGCAACAGCAGCCAAAGCUGACUCAGCCCCACAUUUUGCCUUUGGUUCAAGGUCAGUCCACUGUUUUGCCCGUACAUGUCCUUGGACCUCCGGUUGUCUCACAACCCCAGGUUUCCCCAUUAACUGUCCAGAAACUCUCACAGAUAAAGCCUGUAUCCCAGGCAGUUGGAAUUGAACAAGCAACUCUUCUAAAACCGGAUUUAGUUAGAAGUUUGAAUCCUGAUGUGGCAGCUGUGAAGGAAAGCAUCAAUACCCCUGAUAACCCCUGUGGAAAUGGCAAACAAGAUCGGAUCAAACAAAGAAGAGCUUCCUGUCCUCGACCAGAGAAGGGGACUAAAUUCCAACUUACUGUCCUUCAGGUGUCAGUAUCUGGAGACAAUAUGGUGGAAUGUCAACUGGAGACACACAACAACAAGAUGGUCACCUUCAAGUUUGAUGUUGAUGGUGAUGCACCAGAGGAUAUUGCAGACUAUAUGGUUGAAGAUAACUUUGUGCUAGAAAAUGAGAAAGAAAAAUUCGUAGAAGAAUUGAGGGCUAUUGUAGGUCAAGCCCAGGAGAUCCUUCAUGUCCACUCUGCUGCAGAUAGACCCAUUGGAAUUGACUCUAUUAUUGUGGAAUCCAACAAUAACCAAACAGGAUCAUCUGAACAAGUACAGAUAAAUUCUGCAUCCACUCAAACCAGCAAUGAAUCUGCUCCACAGUCAUCCCCAGUUGGUCGGUGGCGAUUCUGUAUCAAUCAAACAAUAAGAAACCGUGAGGCUCAAUCUCCUCCUUCUCUUCAGCAGUCCAUGUCUACAGUUCCUGGGCUAUCUCUAUUUCCUGGUCCAAGAACCACAAAUAAUAAGGAAAUAUCACAGGACACACUGCCCACUCUAGAAAGUAAUCCAUGCCAGCGUGUACUUUUUGCCUCCAAAUCAGAACUCAAGGAUGUAGUUGAUGGUAAGAUGUCUGAAUAUGCCAGUGUAGAAACUAAGCAGCCAGCUUUAUUUUAUCGAGUGGAAGAUGACAGGCAGAUAAUGGCACCAGUUACUAGUAGUCCAAGUUACACUGCUACUUCAGUUCGUGCAGUUCCAGUUGAAUGUGAGGGACUCACCAACCAAGCAGGCAUAUUUCUACCUGUAUAUCCAUGUCACCAAGCUGCCAGUCAGGCUGAUGUACUUAUGGUCCCUCCUGGCGAGUCAACUCAGAUUGCUGGUAACUCUCUUACAACUCUGGCAUUUAUGUCUGAUCAAAAGCCUCAAUCCUUAGCAGUGCAGCAGCCAACUAUGGAUGCAGAGUUUAUUUCCCAAGAAGGAGAAACCACAAUGAACACUGAAGCAAGUUCUCCUAAGAUGGUCAUUCCCACUCAGACCCCUGGUCUUGAACUGACUACCCUUCUACCCACUACUAUCCUGGAAUCAGAUGGGGAAAGACCUCCAAAAAUGGAGUUUGCAGACAACCGAAUUAAAACUCUGGAUGAAAAAUUAAGAAACUUGCUCUACCAGGAGCAUAGCAUAUCUAGCAUCUAUCCUGAGAGUCAGAAGGAUACCCAAAGCAUAGACUCUCCAUUUUCUUCCUCUGCUGAAGAUACGCUCUCAUGUCCAGUGCCAGAAGUCAUAGGCAUCAGUCACAGUGGAAUUCAAGAUAGUCCUGCACAGUCCCCUAAUUUUCAGCAGACAGGCUCUAAGAUUCUGUCCAAUGUGGCUGCAAGUCAGCCUGCUAACAUAUCAGUAUUCAAAAGGGACCUGAAUGUGAUAACUUCUAUACCCAGCGAAUUAUAUUUACAUGAGAUGUCCCCAGAUGCUUCACUUCCAGGAGAUCCAGAAGCCUAUCCUGCUGCUGUGUCAAGCGGUGGAGCCAUUCAUCUGCAGACAGGAGGUGGAUAUUUUGGCCUAAGCUUUACUUGUCCUAGUCUCAAAAAUCCUAUUAGCAAGAAAUCCUGGACUCGCAAAUUAAAAAGCUGGGCAUACAGGCUACGGCAGUCAACCAGCUUUUUCAAGAGAUCAAAAGUCCGUCAAGUGGAAGCAGAAGAUAUGAGAUCAGCAGUUGCUCCUGAUCCCAUUCCUCUGACGGGAGAGUCCACGGCUGAUACUAGGGCUUUGAGUAGAUGUAAAGCGAUGAGUGGAUCAUUUCAGCGGGGUCGGUUCCAGGUGAUUAUGGUUCCUCAGCAGCAGUCAGUGAAAGUGACAUCUUUUGGAAUAGAACACACACCAGCAUUCCAUAAAAUGACAACCCAUUCUAGUGAAGAAGCUCUAGCCUUUACGGACAGAGCAAAGUCUCAAUUAGUGGAAAUGGAACCUGCCACGCACAAUCCACCGACUUCACUUUCUUCUCAGAAGUUACGAGCUCUUCAUGAAACCUUCAAAGAAGGUAAAAGAAUUCCCAAACAAGGUGACAACUUCUCAUCUUUCAGCACAGCUUGUGAGACUGAUGUAUCUUCAAUGACCCCAGAAAAAGAGUUGGAAGAGAACUCAGCCACGGGAAGUAGUAUGCAUUCUGGACUUGAACUGUUGUUUAAAGAGAGAGAGAUACUUACUGCUGGGAAACAGCCUAGCUCUGAUAGUGAAUUUUCAGCCACUCUUUAUGGCAGAGGGAAAUCAGUGGCAAAGACUGGUACAGAGAGUGAUCAGUGCUUACCACUCCGUGAAGAAAAAGCCUGUGCUCAAACACAGAGCUCACUCUUCUAUUCACCAUCUUCUCCAAUGAGCAGUGAUGAUGAGUCAGAAAUAGAGGACGAGGAUUUGAAGGUGGAGCUUCAAAGAUUACGAGAAAAACACAUUCAGGAGGUGGUAAAUCUUCAAACCCAGCAGAACAAGGAGCUGCAGGAGCUCUAUGAACGCCUUCGGGCAAUUAAAGAUAGCAAAAUCCAAUCAUCAGAGGUUCCUCUGCCACCUUCGUCACCACGCAGACCGAGAUCUUUCAAAAGCAAACUUCGUAGCCGCCCCCAGUCCUUGACACAUGUGGACAGUGGCGCAGCUGCUAAAGGUAAAUUGGUCUUAAAAGUGAUUUUAAAAACCUGCUUAAUAAAUGAGAUAGUAUAUCCACUGUGUGUGGAAAGUAAUGUAGCAUCAUGCCAACAAUCUCCAGCUAGUAAAAAAGGGAUGUUCACAGACGACUUACAUAAACUGGUUGAUGACUGGACAAAGGAAACAGUAGGAAAUUCUCUUAUUAAGCCAAGUUUAAACCAACUCAAACAGAGUCAACACAAACUAGAGACAGACAACUGGAACAAAGUAUAUGAAAAUACUCCAUCUACUAUGGGCUACACACCAACAUGGAUUUCUUCUCUGUCCCAAAUCCGUGGAGCUGUCCCAACCUCCUUGCCACAAGGACUCCCACUCCCUUCAUUUCCUGGGCCAUUAUCAUCAUAUGGAAUGCCCCAUGUUUGUCAGUAUAAUGCUGUGGGGGGGCCAGGGUACCCAGUACAGUGGGUAGGAAUUUCAGGAACACCGCAACAGUCUGUAGUAAUUCCUACUCAAUCUGGGGGACCAUUCCAGCCGGGAAUGAAUUUACAGGCGUUUCCAGCUUCAUCAGUGCAGAAUCCAUCCGCGAUCCCUCCUGGUCCCAAAUGA